AUGGUGGUACCGCCGCCGCCAGGAUAUGUCAGUACACCAGGAGGUGCUCCGCCUGGGUACGUGGCGCCUGGGCGUGAGCCUCAGCCGAUGAGUGCUGCGGAACUGGCUGCGAAAGCACGCAAGUGGAAGCAGACACAGAGUCGCAAGUAUGGUGACCGCCGUGAGAAAACGGCGCUUCUUGACACAGGAAAGCAGGAACUUCCUCCAGAGCAUGUCCGUAAGAUUAUCAAGGACCAUGGCGAUAUGAGCAAUCGUAAAUACCGUGCCGAGAAGCGUGUGCAUCUUGGUGCACUGAAAUAUGUCCCACACGCGAUGAUGAAGCUGCUGGAAAAUAUCCCAAUGCCUUGGGAGCAGGUGCGUGAAGUGCCUGUGUUGUAUCAUAUUACAGGUGCCAUCACCUUUGUGAACGAAACGCCACGUGUUGUUGAGCCGAUUUACCAUGCACAAUGGGCGACAAUGUGGCUGGCUAUGCGACGCGAGAAGCGUGAUCGUCGGCACUUUAAGCGUAUCCGAUUCCCUCCCUUUGAUGAUGAAGAGCCGCCGAUCGACUAUGGCGACAACAUUUUGGAUGUUGAGCCAUUGGAGGCGAUUCAGUUGGAGCUGGAUGAGGACGAAGAUGCAGCGAUCAUUGAUUGGUUUUACGAUCACAAGCCACUCAUCAAGGAUGCGCGCUACAUCAAUGGCCCUUCGUACCGAUUCUGGACGCUGGAUUUGCCGAAGAUGGCGGCACUGUACCGCCUGGGCCGUACGUUGCAAAGCGACUUUGCGAUGGGUGAUCGCAACUACUUUUAUCUGUUUGAUCUCAAGUCGUUUUACACGGCCAAGGCACUGAAUGUAGCGAUCCCCGGUGGCCCCAAGUUUGAGCCCCUGUUUAAGGAUAUGGACGACUACGAUGAUGAUUGGAACGAGUUUAACGAUAUCCGCAAAGUGAUUAUUCGGCACCAGAUUCGCACAGAGUACAAAGUGGCAUUCCCUCAUUUGUACAACAGCCGCCCAAGGGCUGUGGCGCUGAACACGUACCACGAGCCGAAGAACGUGUUUGUGCGUACGGACGACCCCGACCUGCCUGCGUUCUACUUUGACCCUUCGCUGAAUCCGAUUUCCAGCCGGACGCUGGGCACAGAUCACCUAUUCCGUCCGCACUACAACGAUGGCGAGCCUGUGCUGUCGCAUGAGGAUGUGGUCUUUGGUGAAGGUGUGCAAGGCGACGAUGAGCUGCCAGAUGAAGAGGCCUUUGUCCUGCCAGAUGGCAUUGAGCCGUUUUUGCAAGAGGCGCCACUAGAGAACGAGCUUACAGCAGAUGCAAUUGCGCUGUGGUGGGCUGCGCCGCCAUACCAUCGCCGAAGUGGCGUGACGCGACGGGCUGUGGAUGUGCCACUGAUCAAGGCGUGGUACUUGGAGCACUGUCCUCCAGGCCAGCCUGUCAAGGUGCGUGUGAGCUACCAAAAGCUGCUCAAGAAGUACGUGCAGAACACACUUCAUGCUCGCCCCUACAAGGCACAGUCGAAGAAGUAUUUGUUCCGCCAGCUCAAGUCGACCAAGUUCUUCCAAACGACCCAUCUUGACUGGCUAGAGGCGGGUCUGCAAGUGGUGCGCCAGAGUUUCAAUAUGUUGAAUCUGUUGAUCCACCGUAAGGCGUUGACGUACUUGCACCUGGACUACAAUAUGAACUUGAAGCCAGUCAAGACGCUGACGACCAAGGAGCGCAAAAAAUCGCGAUUCGGUAAUGCAUUCCAUCUUGUGCGUGAGAUGGCCCGUAUGACGAAGCUGAUUGUCGAUGCGCAUGUGCAAUUCCGACUGGGCAACUGUGAUGCGUAUCAGUUGGCCGAUGGCCUGCAGUACCUGCUGAACCAUGUCGGCCAGCUGACGGGUGUUUACCGAUACAAGUACAAAGUGAUGCACCAAAUUCGUGCCUGCAAAGAUUUGAAGCAUGUCAUUUACUACCGCUUCAAUGCGGGGCCUGUGGGUAAGGGUCCAGGUGUAGGCUUCUGGGGCCCCUCAUGGCGCGUAUGGAUUUUCUUCAUGCGUGGCAUUACGCCACUACUUGAACGCUGGCUUGGCAACCUGUUGGCGCGUCAGUUUGAAGGCCGCAAUGGACGUACAGGUGGCAAGUCUGUGACAAAGCAGCGUGUAGAGUCGCACUUUGACCUGGAGCUGCGUGCGGCUGUGAUGCACGACUUGCUUGAUAUGAUGCCGGAAGGGAUCAAGCAGAACAAGAGCAAGACGAUUCUGCAGCACUUGACCGAGGCCUGGCGCUGCUGGAAAGCCAAUGUGCCGUGGAAGGUGCCGGGCAUGCCCACAGCGAUUGAGAAUGUUAUUCUGCGGUACGUCAAGUCCAAAGCCGAUUGGUGGACGUCAGUGGCCCACUACAACCGUGAGCGCAUUCGCCGCGGUGCCACGGUCGAUAAGACGGUAAGCCGCAAGAACUUGGGUCGUUUGACGCGUUUGUACCUCAAGGCCGAGCAGGAGCGCCAGAAUGCGUACCUCAAGGACGGCCCAUACAUCACCUCCGAGUCGGCUGUGGCGAUUUACACGUCGACCGUACACUGGCUUGAAAGCCGGCGUUUCCAGCCGAUUCCCUUCCCGUCGCUCAACUUCAAGCACGAUACCAAGCUGCUGGUCCUGGCGCUCGAAAAGCUCAAGGAGGCGUACAGUGUCCAAGGCCGUCUGAAUCAGACGCAGCGUGAAGAGCUCGCCCUGAUCGAGCAGGCGUUCGACAACCCACAUGAGACACUAGCGCGUAUCAAGCGCCUGAUGCUAACGCAGCGUGCGUUCAAAGAGGUGGGACUGGAGUUCUUCGAUACGUUUGCGAAACUGGUGCCGACAUACGACAUUGAGCCGAUGGAGAAGAUCACGGAUGCGUACUUGGAUCAGUACCUUGCGUACGAGGCGGACAAACGCGCUCUCUUCCCGGCCUGGAUCAAGCCCAGUGACCAAGAGCCUCCGCCGCUGCUUGUGUACAAGUGGUGCAAUGGCAUUAACAAUCUGCAGGACGUUUGGGAGACGUCGCAGGGCGAAUGUACAGUGCUUAUGGAGACGACGCUGUCGAAGGUGUUUGAUAAGGUCGAUAUUACGCUGCUCAAUCGCCUGCUGCGUCUGAUUAUGGACCACAACUUGGCCGACUACAUUACGGCGAAGAACAAUGUGUCGAUUGUCUGGAAGGAUAUGGCGCAUGUGAAUUCGUACGGUCUGCUACGUGGUCUUCAGUUCUCUGGCUUCGUGUUCCAGUACUACGGCAUGAUCCUUGACCUGCUUAUCUUGGGUCUGCGCCGUGCUAGUGAUAUGGCUGGCUCGCCCAAGAUGCCGAAUGGGUUCUUGCAGUACGAGAGUCCUGAGAUCGAGACGCGGCACCCUGUGCGUAUGUACAUGCGGUAUGUCGAUCGUGUGCACAUUCUCUACCGCUUUACGGCAGACGAGGCGCGCGACUUGAUCCAGCGGUACCUGAGUGCGAACCCUGAUCCGAACAACAGCAACAUGAUCGGGUACAACAACAAGAAGUGUUGGCCACGUGACAGUCGUAUGCGCCUGAACAAGCAUGAUGUGAACCUGGGCCGGGCGGUGUUCUGGACGGUGAAGAACUCGCUGCCGCGCAGUUUGACGACGAUUGAGUGGGACGACACGUUCGUGAGUGUGUACAGCAAAGACAACCCCAACCUGCUUUUCUCGAUGCAAGGCUUUGAGGUGCGCAUUCUCCCGAAGAUGCGCCAGGGUGAUAUGGGCGAGCAGCGCGAUGGCGUUUGGUCGUUGGUUCACGCUUCGACAGGAGAGCGUAGUGCGCAGGCCUACCUGCGUGUGUCGGACGAGUCGAUUGCCGCCUUCCACAACCGUGUGCGUCAAGUGUUGAUGGCAGCGGGCUCGUCGCCUUUUGCGAAGAUUGUGAACAAGUGGAAUACGACACUGAUUGGCCUCAUGACGUACUUCCGUGAAGCGGUCAUUCAUACCAAUGAGCUGCUGGACCUGCUGGUGAAGUGUGAGAACAAGAUCCAGACCCGUGUGAAGAUUGGUCUGAACAGCAAGAUGCCCUCGCGCUUCCCGCCGGUGGUAUUCUACAGCCCGAAGGAGCUCGGUGGGCUGGGCAUGCUCUCGAUGGGCCACGUGCUCAUUCCGCAGUCGGAUCUGCGGUGGUCGAAGCAGACAGAUACAGGUAUCUCGCACUUCCGCUCUGGUAUGAGCCAUGAUGAGGACCAGCUGAUCCCGAACUUGUACCGUUACAUUCAGAGCUGGGAGUCAGAGUUCCUCGACAGUUCGCGCGUAUGGUCCGAGUAUGCCAAUAAGCGUCGCGAGGCGAACGCCCAGAACCGACGAUUGACGCUGGAGGAUUUGGAAGAUGCAUGGGACCGUGGUAUUCCGCGUAUCAACACACUGUUCCAGAAAGACCGCACGAUUUUGUCGUAUGACAAAAUGUGGCGUCUGCGCAACGAGUUCAAGCAGUAUCAGCUGUUGAAGUACAAUCCGUUCUGGUGGACGUCGCAGCGCCACGACGGUAAGCUGUGGCAGUUGAAUCAGUACCGUACCGAUAUUAUUGCGGCGCUGGGCGGUGUGGAAGGCUGCUUGGAGCACACACUGUUCAAGGGCUGCAACUUCCCUACGUGGGAAGGUCUCUUCUGGGAGAAGGCCUCAGGCUUUGAGGAUCAAAUGAAGCACAAGAAGCUGACAAAUGCCCAGCGGUCCGGUCUUUCGCAGAUUCCCAACCGUCGCUUUACGUUGUGGUGGAGUCCGACGAUCAACCGUGCGAAUGUGUAUGUCGGUUUCCAGGUCCAGCUUGAUUUGACGGGUAUUUUCAUGCACGGCAAGAUUCCCACGCUGAAGAUCUCGCUGAUCCAGCUGUUCCGUGCGCACUUGUGGCAGAAGAUUCACGAGAGUAUUGUCAUGGACUUGUGUCAGGUGUUUGAUCAGGAGCUGGAGGCGCUGCAGAUUGAGACGGUGCAGAAAGAGACGAUCCAUCCACGCAAGUCGUACCGUAUGAAUGCGUCGUGUGCGGAUAUUGUGCUGUUUGCGAGCUACAAAUGGCCGAUGUCCAACCCUUCGCUGCUCACGGACUCCCGCGACGUGAUGGGCGGCGCGACGGGAUCCAAGUGGUGGAUCGAUGUGCAGCUGCGUUGGGGCGACUUUGACUCGCACGACAUUGAGCGAUACUGCCGUGCGAAGUACUUGGACUACACUACCGACAACACGUCGAUUUACCCGUCGCCGACCGGUGUGCUCAUCGGCAUUGACUUGGCGUACAGUAUGCAUUCGGCGUAUGGCUCGUACAUCCCGGGCGCCAAGCCGCUGCUACAGCAGGCGAUGGCGAAGAUCAUGAAAGCCAACCCUGCGUUGUACGUGCUGCGCGAGCGUAUCCGCAAGGGUCUGCAGCUCUACAGUUCCGAGCCGACGGAGCCGUACUUGAACUCGGGCAACUAUGCCGAGCUGUUCAGCAACCAGGUGAUUUGGAUGAUCGAUGAUACCAACGUGUACCGCGUCACGAUCCACCGUACGUUUGAAGGCAACUUGGUGACGAAGCCCAUCAACGGUGCGAUCUUUAUCUUGAAUCCACGCACAGGCCAGCUCUUCCUCAAGGUGAUUCAUACAUCGGUAUGGGCGGGUCAGAAACGUCUGGGCCAGCUGGCCAAGUGGAAGACGGCCGAAGAAGUCGCAGCGUUGGUGCGUUCGCUGCCGGUGGAAGAGCAGCCGAAGCAGGUGAUUGUCACACGCAAAGGUAUGCUGGAUCCAUUGGAAGUGCACCUGCUCGACUUCCCGAACAUUGUGAUCAAAGGCUCGCAAUUGCAGCUGCCCUUCCAGGCCUGCAUGAAGCUGGAAAAGAUUGGCGACUUGAUUCUGCGGGCGACGCAGCCGCAGAUGGUCCUCUAUUCGCUGUACGACGACUGGCUCAAGAGCAUUUCGUCGUACACGGCGUUCUCGCGCUGUAUUCUGCUGCUGCGUGCCUUGCAUGUGAAUGCGGAAAAGACCAAGGUCAUCUUGCGGCCGAACAUCAACACGGUGACGCAGCCGCAUCACAUUUGGCCGUCGUUCUCGGACGAGGAGUGGAUCAAGGUGGAGAUUGCGUUGCGUGAUCUCAUCUUGCAGGACUAUGGUCGCCGCAACCAGGUGGCUGUGGCGAGUCUUACGUCGAGUGAGAUCCGUGAUAUUAUCCUGGGUAUGGAGAUUUCGUCGCCAUCGCAGCAGCGUCAGCAGAUGGCCGAGAUUGAUCAGAACCAGGCACAGCAGCAAGUCACUGCGACACAGACACGCACGGUGAAUGUGCAUGGUGACGAGAUCCAAACGGUCACCACGACGCAGUACGAGAACCAGGUGUUCAGCUCCAAGAGCGACUGGCGUAUUCGGGCGCUGAGUGCGACGAACCUACCGCUGCGUUGCCAGCAUCUGUACGUCUCGAACGACGAUGUGCGCGAGGAUGCUGGUGCGUUGACGUAUGUCAUUCCGAAGAACAUUCUCAAGACGUUCAUUAUGACCAGCGAUCUGCGUGCGCAAGUGGCAGGGUACCUGUACGGUGCGUCGCCGCCAGAUAUGCCUGCCGUCAAGGAAAUCAAGCUGAUUGUGUGGGUGCCGCAGCGUGGCAGUAACACGGGCGUGGAAUUGCCGGAGCAGCUGCCUACGCAUGACUACAUGCUCAAGGAUCUGGAGCCUCUUGGCUGGAUCAAGACGCAGGCACAAGACCUGCCGCACCUGGCGCCGGCCGACGUUGCGACGCAUGCACGCAUGAUGGCGGCGCACCCAGAAUGGGGCGCGCACAGUGUGUGCGUGACAUGUGCGUUUACGCCCGGCUCGGUGAGUCUCUCGGCGCAUACGCUCAGUGUGGAGGGCUUUGAGUGGGGCCGCAAAGCGUCGGCGGCCGAUGCCAUGGGCCCUGCGCCGGGCUUUGCGCCGAGCAUGGUCGAGAAGGCGCAGUUGCUUCUGAGUGACCGCAUCCUUGGCACGACGUUAGCGCCGUCCGAUGGCGCGUGGAACUAUGGCCUGUCGCUCAGUGCGCAAUGGACGCCGCAUUUCCAGUACUCGCUGCAAUUGGCGCCGCCGGCGGCCUACUGGGACGAAAUCCAUCGUCCGCAAAACUUCUUGUCGUUUACCGGCGCGUUGCCGGACGACGAGAAUGCGGCGGAUUGGCAAAAUGCUCUCGAGUAA